GUAAAUACACACACUCUCCGAAUAACACGCCCACCCCUCCAUCAUCUCCUCCAAAUCCAUCAGCCCUAAAAAACAAUUGAACAAAAUAUAUUCUCAUGGACAACAGAAUAUCAUCUAACAAAAGGGUGAUGACAGAUGAUGACCGGAACAACAACCGAUCAUCAUCCGUACACCAAGUCGUGUUCAACGACGACCUUCUGAUCGAAAUCUUACUCCGAUUGCCAGUUAUCUCACUCUUAUUCUUUAAAUCCGUAUCCAAACGCUGGUUGUCUCUCAUCACCUCACCCGCUUUCCAAAUGUCCAUUCCCCACGUGGCUUCAUUCACCAGGAAAAAAAAUAUAACCAUCCAUAUGAAACUAAACAACAUUCACUUUUGGGUGUUUUGGACUAAUCCUCCUGACAGGUUUUACGUAUACAAUCCAUCCAUAAAUAUGUUUAAGAUGCUCCCACAAGUAGAUGGUGUGGAAUUGGACAAGCAUUCUGACCGUAUGAGAUUGGCUUUUGAUCCUAUAAAAUCGCCUCACUACAAAGUACCACGUGCUCGAGUGAUAGCUCCUGGUGGCAUUCAACGAGGACACUCCAUUCAAACAUGGAUUUACUCUUCAGAAGCAGAGUUGUUCGAGUCUCGUGGUUGCUUGUUACUUGCUUGUGCAAGCAAUCGUCAUCCCGAACGCUUGAACAUUUAUGAGAUGAGGAGAGGGUAUUCUUGGUCAGUUAGACACACUAUUAAAUACAAUAAAGCUGGUAUAGCCUCCUUUUUUGAAGCCCCGAAGAUGUUUGUCACGGCGUUUCGUUUCAAGGUUCUGUUUAUUGUGCUGGGUGAAAGAGAAGAGGAAUCAUUCGUUGUGUUGGACCUAUAUGAAAAGGUUGUAAAAUACAAUAUUUUGUCGAACACUCUCCAGGAGCUUUGCGAUAUUAACCUAAAUUUGACUAACUUUGGCACCUUUCCAUUCAUUACAUCUUUUGCUGGUGUGUAAUGCUACUUUAUGUUUUCGGGGAAUUGCCGUAUGGGAUGACCGGGUGACAGGUGAUAAACAUCAGUUUUCCUGGUUUUUAGUCGUGAUCAAAGGAAAGGAAAGGGUGUAUCGAAAGAAGAUAUUAUGGGUGCCAUGAUGGUAUAUAAGGAUACACCAGAUUUUGCGUCAGGUACACAGAAAAAAGGUUACAGGGGGAGUUAUCAGAUGGAAUAAUGUUUCCGGUCCUGAGAAAAUAGAUGCAAUCAAGUACAUUGCGUUGCUUGAAGCAGAAGUUGAGGAACUUAAUCGUCAUGUAGAAAGAAUAUCUGCCAAUGGAUCAAAUGAAUUGUUGAACUAUCUCAAGUCUCUUGAGCCCCAAAAUCUGAAGGUUAGUAGUUAAUAAAUGUCCUAGUUUCCCAUCCACCAAGUAGAAUGGCUUCAGAUUAAUUUAUGAUUGAGAAAGUUGUGUCAGUACUUUGACUUGUUUUAUAUUCUCCUUUCCAAAUUCAACUAUUGUAAUUUUCAUCUUGCAACUAUUAUAUCAUCAAGAUAAAUUAU